UGUUCUGUUUUUUGGCUCUCAAUACCGAAAGGUAUUUAAAUUGACAGACGAAAUAACUGACAAAAAAAAAAUCUUGAAUUAUUAUUUUAUUAAUAUUACAACUAUUACUGCCAUUUUUCCGCAGAGAAAAUUAAAAAAAAAAAAACUUAAUAAAAUUUUGCUUCUCCAGCUGAAGAUAUUUCUUUUCCAUAUCAGGGAUGCACUUUAUUUAUCCACUAUUUUUUUGUUAAUUUCACCUUCAUUUCUUCGAGGAUUAUAGUCCAGCGUUUUCACGAUUAUUGUUUUUUUUAUUUCCAGUUUUACCCUUUCUCCUUUCUACUUCGUGGAUUGUGAGCUUGCACUUGGUCCGAGUUUUCAGUUCUGACGCGGAAUUCAAUAUGCGGUGAAAGAAUAUCAUAUCACUGAAUGAAGUUUGUGCCUAUAGUAUGGAUGAAGGACUAGCUGACGAAGUAGCUCCAAUAGAUGCCACUGAGGGGGCUCACCUCCAGGGCAAAGAAGUUGAGUAUUUGGUGAAACCUGACUGCUGCAACAUAUUGGAGUCCCAAGAAAUGGUGAUACUGGGUGGGGUUAAUGCUCUUGAGAACUCAUUCCAUGUUCUUGGAGAUGUGUUGGAAGGUAAGAAUGCGUUGGAACAUGGGUGUACGGGCCCUCACAUUAUUGAUGAUGCAAAUGACAUGGUUGAAGAGUUAAUAGUGAGAAAUUACAAUGGUUCUAACUUACCCAUGGUUGGUACAUCAAAUAAUAGAGAAAGAAUUCAGGUGAGGCAGAACCAUUGGCAACAUUUUUAUCAGUUGGUAGGUGGAUCAGGAAGUGGGGGUUCAUGUGGCAACUGGGAGAACAGUCAUGUAAUGCCAAGUAUGUCGCAGGAUGUAGGGCAUGCAUCUUUUUCCGAGUUUUCGGGUCACAAACCUUUGAGUGAUGGGCAGUAUGAAGCAACAGAACAAUUGAUGAGUGGUGACAAUAAUGAGGUUUCAGGCAGUCGCCCAUCUCAUGGAUGUAUCAGGACAAAGAUUCUAUCAAAAUCAGGAUUUUCUGAAUUUUUUGUUAAAACUACAUUGAAAGGUAAGGGAAUUACAUGUAGAGGUCCAUCUCAUGAUGCCACUAGAGUUGAGCCUAGACAUCAGAAUAACGGAAACUCUACUGAGGGAACUAUGGUGGCUCCUAAUCCUCCAUUGAAGGCUGCUGGAAGCCCUGUUGUGGCUUUUAAUAAUUCACUGAUCUUGGGUAACAGACCUGGUGUGACUUCUUCCUAUGGGAUUUUAGGCCCUAGAGCUGUUGAGUGUGAUCAUGAUGGGAUGAACUUGAGAAAAUGGCUGAAAUCUCAGUUUCAUAAAGUAAACAAUGUUGAGUGCUUGUAUAUAUUCCGGCAAAUUGUGGAUCAGGUUGAUUAUUCCCACUCUCAAGGAGUUAUCUUGCAUGAUUUGCGGCCAUCUUUCUUCAAGUUAAUGCAAGCCAAUCAGGUUAAAUAUAUUGGUUCAGUUGUCCAAAAAGGACUUCUAGAUACUGUCUUGGAUAAAGAUUUCCCCCCUUCAGAGAACUUUAUGAUUAGGAGAAGGCCAAUGGAGCAGGGGAUGAUUUCCUCAGUUCGUCUUUGUGCUAAAAAGCAGAAGCUCAAUGAGAACACAAACUUGACUUGGUGGCCUCUGGUUCAUUCUAGAGCUGGCCUCAAAAUUGAAAACAUAAAUAAUUGCCAAUUUUCUCACAAUGAAUCUAGUAAACGUUGUCUAAAUACAGAAAUUAGCAAUUCUGGCAGCCUUCAUAUGUGUAAUUCAGCUCAGCAGCAGUCGAUCUCUGUGAAUGAGCAGUUGGAAGUGAAGUGGUAUGCAAGUCCAGAAGAACUUAAUGAAGGUGUUUGCACAAUUUUAUCAAAUAUUUACAGCUUGGGUGUGCUGCUUUUUGAGUUGCUUUGUCACUUUGAAUCUGAGAGAGCACGUGCUGCAGCAAUGUUAGAUCUACGUCAUAGGAUUUUUCCUCCAACUUUUCUGUCAGAAAAUCUCAAGGAAGCUGGAUUUUGUCUUCAGCUACUUCAUCCAGAACCUUCAUUACGCCCAACAACCAGGGAGAUCCUACAAUCUGAAGUAUUUAAUGGAUUCCAGGAAGUAUUUGCAGAAGAAAUAUCAUCAUCCAUUAACCAAGAUGAUACUGAAUCACAGCUAUUAUUGCAUUUCCUUAGUUUAUUGGAAGAGCAAAAGAAGAAGCAUGCCUCAAAUUUAGUGGAAGAUAUUCAAUGCCUAGAAGCAGACAUUGAAGAGGUUGAGAGAAGGCACCGUUCUAGAAAACCUUUAACUUAUUUUCCCAUUAAUGGGAGGGAAGAUAGGCACCUUGGUAAAGAACCUCCAAUUUCAAAGAUGCAUUCUAGUUUCCCAUUUUCCAGUGUCAACAAAAUGAGGUUAAUGAGAAAUAUCAAUCAGCUUGAAUCUGCUUAUUUCUCCAUGAGAUCAAGAGUCCAGUUUCGCAAGACUGAUUCUAUGACACGGCCAGAUAAGGAUUUACUAAAAAAUCGUGAGCACUGGCAUUUGGCACAAAAUGAUGAAGAAAUACCAAAUCCUACCGAUAAUGUUGGAGCCUUCUUUGAUGGUUUGUGUAAGUAUGCUCGAUAUGACAAGUUUGAAAUCCGUGGGAUACUGAGAAGUGGGGAGUUCAACGACUCUACAAAUGUAAUCUGUUCUUUGAGUUUUGACCGUGAUGAGGAUUAUUUUGCUGCUGCUGGGGUCUCCAAGAAAAUAAAGAUAUUCGAGUUUCAUGCAUUCUUUAAUGACUCUGUUGAUAUCCAUUUUCCAGUCAUUGAGAUGUCGAACAAAUCAAAGCUUAGCUGUGUUUGCUGGAACAACUAUAUCAAGAACUAUCUGGCUUCAACUGACUAUGAUGGUCUGGUGAAGUUAUGGGAUGCAAGCACUGGUCAAGCUAUCUCUCAUUACAUUGAGCAUGAAAAGAGAGCUUGGUCUGUUGACUUUUCUCAGGUGUAUCCAACAAAAUUAGCUAGUGGCAGUGAUGAUUGUUCUGUGAAACUAUGGGGCAUUAAUGAGAAAAGCUGCUUAGGCACCAUCCGGAACUUUGCAAAUGUCUGCUGCGUUCAGUUUUCCGCACACUCCACUCAUUUUCUGGCAUUUGGAUCUGCAGAUUACAAAACAUAUUGCUAUGAUCUUCGGAAUGCCAGAGCCCCAUGGUGUGUUUUAGGUUGCCAUGAUAAAGCUGUGAGCAUGUGAAAUCCUGGACUCAGAAAUGUAGUUACUGCUUCCACUGACAACACAUUAAAACUUUGGGACCUCAAUAAAACCAGUAGUGGUGGCCUGUCCUCCAAUGCUUGCAGCUUAACCUUUCGUGGACAUACUAAUGAGAAGAAUUUUGUGGGAUUGUCGGCUGCUGAUGGUUAUAUAGCUUGUGGUUCAGAAACGAAUGAGGUUUAUGCUUUCUAUAGAUCUCUGCCUAUGCCAAUAACUUCCCAUAAAUUUGGGUCCAUUGAUCCUGUUUCUGGGAAAGAGACUGAUGAUGACAAUGGGCUGUUUGUAUCAAGUGUUUGCUGGAGAGGGAAAUCAGACAUGGUAGUUGCCGCAAAUUCUAGUGGAUGCAUUAAAGUGUUGCAGAUGGUUUGAAGAGAAGGUUAAUUGCUGAGAACAAUCAAUUGCUGGCAUUAUUUUUAAACCUCAGAGUUGCCAAGGUUUCUUCUGGAGGUUUAUCCUUAAGCGAGGAAGUCAUCUUAGGUUCAGGCAAAUAUGUCAUACAUGAGAGCACCCGAGUAUGGUCGGUGGCUCGUUAUAAGGCUUUGAUGUGUAGAACAUACUAUGCAGAGUAAAGGUCAGACAAAGUGGAUCCAAGUUAGCCAGAAUUAGAUCCCAAUGAAAUUUUUACAGGCUCAAGAGGCGGGAAUAUCACGAUGCCUCCAGGGUCCUGAGAUAGAGAAUGAAACUGUAAAUAUGGUAAAGCAAAUUUGAAAUGUAGAACUUUUGUAUAAGAGGCUAUCCAUCUCGGUUUCUUGGAGCAAGGGUUGUUUGUUCAUAAUUUGCUGCUUUGAGGCAUAAUUGAUACUUUAAUCGAUUCUAGGGAAUUCUUUAUUGGGUUGUAGCUAAGCAAUCUAUAUAAAUGUAACCAAGGUUAUCUUUGUAAAUCUACAAAUUUUGGUGUAUAAGAUUA